UCCAAGCAAGCAGGAGGAGGACCCUCGUAUGUUCAGUGUGAUGCUCAGAUUGUUUUUGCCUGCCGAUCAAUUAGCUGACUGAAGUGUACUGUUCUUAGUUUUUUGUUUUAAAUUAAAAGUUUUCAUUUUUGCCGUAUAGCGUUAGAGAAUCUUAAGUUUUUUGCAAACACGAUGAACGAUCCUACGAAAACUAGUGACAGUAGCAGUUCAGAAUUGAGCCCUUGUGGGACACCUGGUGUUGUGAGCAAUGGGAUAGAAAGGAGAGCUCAACAUGAGUAUAAGAAGGAGGUCGUGAAGGACAUGGCAAUCGACAAAAUGCGAGAAAAGAUGGAUACCAUCGUCCAAAACAUGGAGAAAAACGUCAAACACCAACUUGACUUGCUGGUUGAUGAUCUAGUCAAUGAAGUGAAAAUUUUCAACUUGAGAAACUACGAAUUACGGAAACUUUUUCGGGAUGCAAGUCCUUCUUCGCCUGUGUCGUCGGCAAUGGCAGUACAAAGCACCUCACAUCCAUCCGAUCGUCGACGUAGAAGAGUCGAUGGAAAACUACCGGAAAAGGAAUUCUUAGCAAGGAACUCUCUACUAACCGAUCUUUUUGAGGUUAAACACAUUAAAACAAUCUAUCACAUAUUCAUUGUGAUACUAAUUAUCAUGUUUCUGAAUACUGCAGUGCAUGAUUUUGUCGACCGUGGAAAUAUAAAUUUAGGUCUUCGUCCUAUCAUUACUGGAUUCGGUAAAUUUCAUAUCGGCUUACUUCUUUGGGGAUGCAUGCAACUGUCUGCGUUCAGUAUCUAUCCAUGCUAUACUGCUUGGGCUUAUAUUCAUCGGAUCAACAAAAGUAGCGAAUUUAGAAAAAUCGGUGAUGUAGGUUUCACUUUAGGUUUUAUUGUGUACCAAUGUCUGUUUAUUACUCUCGUGAUCAGAGCCGUCCUACACUACAACUUACCACCGGCAACAUCCAUAGCCGUUCUAAUGGAGAUGACUCGUUUUGCGAUGAAAAUCCACGCCUUCGUCCGAAGUAACGUUGCCCGUAGCUCAACGUCAUCAGGCAAAGCGUCAUCGGAGGAUAAACCAGCGUACGCUAGGACCGUACCGGCCUUUUCGAAGUUUGCUUAUUUUCUGUUUGCACCAACACUUGUGUACCGAGAUGAAUAUCCGCGUUCCAAACGCAUACGCUGGUCGGUAGUGUUUCGGCACGCUCUGGAAGUUCUGGGUGUUAUUUUUUACAUCAGUUUUAUCUUCGAACGAUUUCUGUCACCACUGUUCAAUCACUUCGGGCAUGAACAAAUCACAACCGGAAACUUUGUUCUAACAUUGUUCAGUUGCAUUCUGCCGGGUUCACUUUCUUUCCUGUGUGGAUUCUACUGUCUUUUGCACGCCUGGAUGAAUGGUGCGGCAGAAAUGUUUCGGUUCGCCGAUCGGAUGUUCUAUCGCGAUUGGUGGAACGCUUCAUCUUUUCCGGAAUACAUGCGUUCCUGGAAUGUCGUAGUUCACGACUGGCUUUACACCUAUGUCUACAAGGAUUCCGUUGAACACCUGUUCAAGAACUGCCGCCCGCUUGCAACCGUUCUGGUAUUCACCGUUUCGGCCGUGUUCCACGAAGUUAUUCUAGGGUUUGCAUUCCGAUUUUUUUAUCCUGUAAUGUUCGUGCAGUUCGAGUUUAUGGGCCUGCUGCUGAUGUUCGUAAUGCGUAACGUCAGCAAAGAUGUGGGAAAUAUUUUAAUUUGGUUGACUCUGUGUGUUGGCAACGGCAUCCAUUUGAGCUUGUACAACAUGGAGUACUACGCAAGGAGGAACUGCCCGAUCAGCGGUGCCUCGAUCACAGACUAUAUGAUCCCGGUGUCGUGGUCGUGUAAUGGAAUCUCACAUAAUCCAAACUGGACGAUUACUGCCCCGUGGAACAUGGGAUCAUAGCUGAUGGUAGUGGAUCAGUGUAAAAUAAUUUGUGAUUGCAAACGAUAUAAUAUAUCAGUAAGACUAUGUGAAACAUAA